CUCCAUUCUUGGCAAAGCAGCUCCUCUUAUCAUCGUACGGACAUUCUUGUCUAUGCUCACAGCUGGAAAGAUGUCGGCAAGGUACCUCGUCGGCCGCUCUCUCGCCUCGGUUGCGCUUCGGCCCGCUCCGGCCAAGCGGGUGGCAGCCGUCGUCCCUGCAAGGACGCUGGCAACCGCUAUCAACCGCUCGCCCAUCACUCAGGUCACGACCCUUUCGAAUGGUCUGACUGUAGCAACGGAGAGCAACCCUUCGGCGCAAACGGCCACUGUUGGAGCAUGGAUCGACGCUGGGUCGAGGGCAGAGACUGAUGCUACCAAUGGUACGGCUCACUUCCUAGAGCACAUGGCAUUCAAGGGCACUGGCAAGCGCACGCAGCAAGGUCUCGAGCUCGAGGUCGAGAACCUUGGUGCUCACUUGAACGCCUACACUUCACGCGAGCAGACUGUCUACUAUGCCAAAUCCUUCCGCAAGGAUGUGGACAAAGCGGUUGACAUCAUCUCGGACAUCCUGCAGAACUCCAAGCUGGAGCAGAGCGCCAUUGAGAGGGAGCGGGAUGUGAUUCUGCGGGAGCAAGAGGAAGUUGAUAAGCAGACAGAGGAGGUCGUGUUCGACCACCUGCACGCGGUCGCCUUCCAGGGUCAGGCGCUCGGCCGCACAAUCCUCGGCCCGGAGAAGAACAUUCGCACCAUCACUCGUGAUGACCUUUCAUCGUACAUCAAGACCAACUAUACUGCCGACCGCAUGGUCCUCGUUGGCUCGGGCGGUAUUGAGCAUGCGGAGUUGGUCAAGCUGGCUGAGAAGAACUUCUCUUCGCUUCCCGUCUCGACAAACCCGAUCGCGCUGGGCCAGAGUUCGCACCCCAAGACCAAGUUCGUCGGUUCCGAUGUCAGGAUUCGUGACGACUCGAUGCCGACGUGCAACUUUGCAAUCGCCGUCGAGGGCGUCAGCUGGAAGUCACCUGACUACUUCCCGAUGCUCGUCCUGCAGUCCAUCAUGGGCAACUGGGACCGCUCGCUCGGCUCUUCGCCGCUGCUGAGCAGCCGUCUGUCGCACGUCAUCUCGAGCAACAACCUGGCCAACUCGUACAUGCACUUCAGCACGUCCUACUCCGACACCGGCCUGUGGGGCUGCUACUUUGUGUCGGAGAACGUUUACAACCUGGACGACCUCGUACACUUUACGCUGAAGGAGUGGCAGAGGAUGUCCAUUGCACCACUCGAGGGCGAGGUUGAGCGCGCCAAGUCGCAACUCAAGGCAUCGCUCUUGCUCGGUCUCGAUGGCACGACGGCCAUCGCCGAGGACAUUGGCAGGCAGCUCGUCACGUCCGGCAAGCGCCUGACACCCAAGGAGAUUGAGGCUAAGCUUGACGCAGUCAAUGCGAACGAGAUCCAGCGCGUCGCAAAGACAUACCUCUGGGACCAAUCGAUCGCGGUCUGCGCGACUGGUCAGACAGAAGGUCUGCUGCCGUACGACCGCAUCCAGACUGGCAUGUCAUCCAUGAUCUACUAGCCGGAUCGCAGCGAGCAGCGGUCAAAUCUCAACCUCAUUGGUCAUGGAGAUCACAGUCCGGUUUCCCUCCUCACAAGGAAGCGUGUGGGCGAAAAGAUGCACGUCAAUUGCAUGUGCUGUGGAGAGGAAGAACUGAACUGUAAUGUAAGAAUUUGGCAGCACUUCAAGGUCUAGAAUGGUGGCAUCUGUGC